CUUUUCGUCAAAUGUUCAUGACAGCCACCAAAAAGAUUCAUUGAGAAGGCUGUGGUAUGGACUUCAAAAAGACUACGGUAUCAACCUCAGGGCUUAGCAUAGAACCCCUACGAACUUUCAGUGGUUUUGAAAGGUUAUAUAGUUUCCUCGUCCCUUUACCCAAAGAGAUUUUAAUCUGCAAUACACACAACAUACAACGCAUACACAGCUUACACAAUACAGUUGAAACCGAAAAAUCUCUUCCUACACAUCGUUACUACAAUUCCAAAACAACUGCCAAGUUCUCUAGACUUUAUCAAAUCUUCUUCAUCAUGAUGAAGUUUGUUCUUCUUCUUUUCUUCCUUACCACCAUCUUAGCUCAAUGUCCCGAGCAAUCUGAAGCCGGUCGAAGACUUUAUCGUUGUGUCAAUACAACCAGUGGUCAAGUUGCCGGUCAUCCAUCUCCUAAGAAACCAGCCGUUUAUGAGUAUCUUGGUAUUCCAUUCGCACAACCUCCAAUUCGUGAUUUAAGAUUUGCUCCUCCACAGCCAUUUAUUGGAAAUGAACCUCUUAAUGGUACAAACUUUGGUUAUACUUGUCCGAAGCAAUUCUCAGAUGAACUUUCACUUAUCCCAUCAAACUUCCCAGAUGUAGUCGAUAAUUACACAGCUUCUGGUAUUGUUGUCCUCGAUACCUUUACUCAAGCAGGUGAUGGACCUAGAAACAAUGAAGAUUGUUUAACACUCAACGUAUGGGUUCCCAAACCAGCUCAAGCACCAGAUGUUGGAUCAAAAAAAGCAGUCAUGAUUUGGAUUUAUGGUGGUGCUUUUAGAGAUGGUGCUACUGAAUCUCAUAUUUAUGAUGGUUCAACUUUUGUGGAUCAGGAAGAUGUAAUUAUGGUUAGCAUCAAUUACCGUGUAAAUAUCUUUGGUUUCUCUGGUGAUUCAACAGGUCCGACAAGUAAUUAUGGAAUGCUCGAUCAAAGAUUAGCUAUCGAAUGGGUUUAUAAUAACAUUGCCAAUUUUGGUGGCGAUCCAUCGCGUGUUACUCUCUUUGGUCAAUCAGCAGGAAGUUGUUCUAUCGAUUAUUAUUCCUACGCUUAUCCACGAGAUCCCAUCGUCUCCGCUAUGAUCAUGCAAUCCGGUACCAUCCCCGCUCUUCCCACAUUCUCCUCUUCCGAAGCCUUUUCAUCUUGGCAAAAUACCACCUCAUCCCUCGGUUGCGGUGAUGCAUCCGUCGACCCUGAUUCCGUCAUGCAAUGCAUGCGCAACCCCAAUCUCACCACAUCCGACAUUCUCAAAGUCGCUCAUCUCUACACCUGGCUCCCCUCCAUCGACGAAACCCUCGUUUUCUCCGAUUAUCCCGCUCGCGCCGCCGCAGGAAAUGUCACAACCCUUCCCCUCCUCAUCGGAAACACCGAUAACGAAGCCGCUGUCUUCGCUGCUCAAUCCCUCAUGUCCGGUAACCCAGUCGAUAUCUCCCAAAUGACCAAUUCCACUUUCGCCUGUCCUACUGCCGCACGCGCAAAUCUUAGUGUUUCCUCUGGCGCAAAAACAUGGAGAUAUCGUUAUUUCGGGGAUUUCCCAAAUUUGCAAUUACAGAAAGGUGUAGAUGCCGGAGCUUAUCAUAUUAGUGAUGUGUAUAGUGUUUUUGGAACAUGGCCCACGGGAAAAGGUAUCACGGGCGCGGGAAAAGAACAAGUUUCGUUGGGAAUGUAUAUGAGAGGUGCUUGGGCGGCUUUUGCAAAGGAUAGUGAGGAGGGUUUGAGUAAUUAUGGAUGGCCAGUUUAUAAGCCUGAGGAGGAUACGGUUGUUAGAUUGGGAUGGAAGAAUUCGGUGGCUUUGGUUUUGGAUAGUGCGGAGGUUUGGGAUAGUACUUGUUGAUUUGAGGAUAUUUGAUGAGGUUCUUUCUGAGAUGUUUGGGGGAUUCGGUUGUGUCUACUGGAUGGGAUUAAAUCAAGUUCGAUUUCAAAUUUCAUGAAAAGUAGAGGCAAGGUUUAGGAUAAUGGGAGAUGGAGAAUUGAUUGCGAUGGAUUUAUUAGAGGUCAUGAUUCCACGUGUUUAUUUGUUUAUUUUGUCGUCUCAUGAGAUGGCGAUGAACAUAC